UCUUAUGACGUCACUCAGCUGAACCGAAACUCAAGCUCAAAACCGUUUCAUGACCAAAACCAGAUCCUUUCAGCAGGACACAGCCUCCAGUUUGAAGCUUCUCUCUCUUUCUUCGAGGGAUUAAAACCACUGCAGGUGAACACUAAGAGAACAGGAACAAGAGGAAAAAGAGGGGAAUCAGGAGGAAAAGAGAAAUAGAAAUUGUCAUGGCUUCCUCCAGCAGUGUCCUGUGUGAAGAUCAGCUCCAGUGCUCCAUCUGUCUGGAUGUGUUCACUGAUCCAGUCUCUACUCCAUGUGGACACAACUUCUGUAUGAUCUGUCUCAAAGAGUUCUGGGACAGCAGUUCACACUGCCAAUGUCCAGUGUGUAAGAAGGAAUUCCCUAAAAGACCUGAGUUAUGUGUGAAUACGUUCAUCUCUGGACUUGCUGCUCCAUUUAGGAAGUCAGUUCAGGUGAAAUCCAGCAGCGCUGCAGAAAAACCGACCCAAUCUCUGGUGCUCUGUGAAGCCUGCUCUGAAGAGAAAUGUGUAGCCGUGAAGUCCUGCCUGACCUGUAUGACGUCUUACUGCAAGACUCACCUGGAACCUCAUGAGAGAGUUUCUUCAUUGAAGAAGCACAAACUGAUGGAGCCUGUGGAGAACCUGGAGGACUACAUCUGCCAGAAACAUGAGAGACCCCUGGAGCUGUUCUGUAGAGACGACCAGACGUGUGUGUGUCAGUUCUGUACUGAGGGAGACCACAAAACUCACAACACUGUUCCUAUAGAGGAGGAGAGUGGAGAGAAGAAGACUGAGUUGGGGAAGACACGAGCAGAAGUUCAGCAGAUGAUCCAGGAGCGACUGAAGAAGAUUGAGGAAAUCAAACACUCUGUAGAACGCAAUAAACUCGAUGUGUCUCCUGUUAGGAAAAACACAGAGAAGGAGAAAGCAGACGGUGUGGAGAUCUUCAGUGCUCUGAUGCGCUGCAUUGAGAGAAGCCAGGCUGAGCUGCUUCAGGUGAUGGAGGAGAAGCAGAAAGCAGCAGAGAAGCAGGCUGAAGAGUUGAUUAAAGAGCUGGAGCAGGAAAUCACUGAGCUAAAGAGGAGAAACACUGAGCUGGAGCAGAUCUCACACACUGAGGAUCACCUCCACCUCCUACAGAUUUACCCGUCACUGUGCAGCCCUCCACACACCCAGGACUGGCCUGACGUCACAAUUAACUCUCAUCUGAGUCUGGAGCCUCUGAGGAGAGCUCUGUCUCAGCUUCAGGAAACUCUCAGUGAGGAAAUGGAGAAGCUUCACAAGAUUAAACUGAAGAGAAUUCAGCAAUAUGCAGUGGAUGUGACUCUGGAUCCUGAUACAGCGAAUCCUUAUCUCAUCCUGUCUGAUGAUGGGAAACAAGUUAAAUGUGGAGACACAGAACAGGAUCUCCCUGAUAACCCAGAGAGGUUUAAUUAUUAUGUCAUUGCGUUGGGAAAGGAGGGAUUCUCCUCAGGGAGAUUUUACUAUGAGGUGCAGGUCAGAGGGAAGACUGAGUGGGAUUUAGGAGUGGCCCAAGAGUCCAUUAACAGGAAAGGGAUGAUUACACCCAGUCCUGAAGAUGGAUACUGGUGUGUGUGGCUGAGGAAUGAGACUGAAUAUGAGGCUCUGGACUCUCCCUCUGUUCCCCUCUCCUUGAAACCGGCUCCUCAGAAGGUGGGGGUGUUUGUGGAUUAUGAGGAGGGUCUGAUCUCCUUCUAUGAUGUUGAUGUAAAAUCUCAUAUCUACUCUUUCACUGGUCAGACUUUCACUGAGAAACUUUAUCCAUUCUUCAGCCCCUGUCUCAAUAAUGGAGGUGAAAAUUCAGCACCACUGAUCAUCUGUCCUUUUAGUCAAAUCUAAUAUAAAUUUAUAAAACUGACUUUUAUUUCUUAAUAAAAAUGAAAACAGUGCUGUUAUUAUCUGACAUUUGUUUUAAGUUUAAAAAUAAAUGAUGUUUACAUUUUAUUUAUGUGUAAAAUGUAAAUGUUUUACUGUCGCUCUCAUUGUGAUGAUCCUCCGUGCUAAAGUGGUCUAAUCCUGUCAGGAUCCAUCAUCACUCCUGUAACUGAUCUUCAAAUCACAUUUACUCAAAUACAUUCUCCAUUUUCAUUUAAAAUAUAUUUUUUAAAGAAAAUGUUUUAAUUCGGCUCAGAUUUAAUAAUGCAAGCUAUUUUUAUUGGCAAUAUGUCAUCAGAGCAAACCAGCUACUCCAUUUCCCAGAAUGCACCAACAACUACAAACAUGGCGGAAGAGGACUACACUUCCCAGUGUAACACACAGACACGUCACCUUCUCAUGAGGACUAAUCUCACACACCUGUUCCUGAUCACAAUCAUCACACCACACUAUAAUAGAGACUGUUCAAACACUUGAACAAGUGAGAAGUGUACGCUCAGUUGUCUUGUCUCUGUUGUUAUCAAGCCUGCUAUCAUGUCUGUUUAUUCUGGUGUUUUGACUUUGCUUACGUUCAUGAUGUCGUCUUGUUGCCCUGCCCUACUUGUGAUGUUUGUCUGAUCACCUGACCUCUGCGUGUUCAUGAUUAUUGUCUUCUGCCUUAUCCUUUGGCUGUUGUUGUUGUUGUUGUUGUUGUUUCAUUAAACUUCCAUACCUGCACUUGCUUCUGCCCUGCGCCUGCAUUACGUGACACAAUAACUAGAGAAAUAAGUAGUAUACUUUAUUUUGUCAUUUUCAGUGUUCUGAAGGUUGUUUCUACAUCAAAUUAAGACCAAAGCACUAAGAAAUACAAAAUUAUAUAUAUAUAUUUUUUUCAGCCUGUGCAGUUAGCUUCCACAUCCGUAAACACAAAAUAAAUAUAAAAUUGUCAAAUGUAAAAAUUAUUGACAGCCUUUAAUGUACAGUUAAUAUUAUUUUAUUAUUAUAAACUAUUAUUUUUUGCAGACACUUGAGACACAUCUCUAACUCAGCUUUUACAGCUUUAUGAAUGAGGGUGUGUUUCAUAUAAAUUAGAUUAGCUAUGAGGGAAAGUUAGAGUGCUGUGUGCAUUGGAUAUGUAAAUAAGGGAGUAGUGGGCGGAGCUUGUCUCACGCAAUGAUUUCACUCUCGCUCCCUGCAGUGCUACGACUGACCACUAGAGU